CGCCAUCGUAGAGACAAAGGAGAAGGGUGGGGGUCGAGGAACCGAGGAUGCCAGCCUUCGCGAGAGAGGAGUCGAUAAGGGUUUUGCCGUUGAGAAAGAAGUAAAGGGAAUCAAGGUUUAAGGUUGGGGAGAGGAAGGAUUGGGGGACGAAGGAGAGCUUGAGGUGGUGCAGGGUGAGAUCAGAGGCCGGGGUUAGGGCUGCGGAAGGGGGGUUUAGGUCAGAGGAUCGGAUGAAAACCCGGAGCUUCUUCUGAGAUUUCAUCUUUAGAGGUUUCUUCGUUCCCCUCCCAAUCGAUGGAGAAAAAUUUCAGAAUGAGUUCGAACCGCCUCUGUGUCGGGUCGCCCCCGAGCCGCUACGUCUCGCGAACCCUAAGGUCUUGUUCUCUUCUCGCGACGCUGAACCCUAAACCCUUGUACCGUAAUAAGCCAUCCAAAACCCCUGCGUGGACUCGAUCGCCCACGUUCGGUUAUCCGGAGGAGUACGAGAUAUGGAGGACUCGCAGGCGAAGCGGGUUCCCCACUUGCCAUGGAUGCGAAACCCCGUCGAUAUCGAUCUUUGUGAAGAAUGUCCUCUCGGUCUCCUGCCAUUUCUUGAUCCCAGAUUGGCGGAGGCUUUACAGAAAAUAGGUAUUCAGUCACUGUUUCCAGUGCAAGUAGCAGUGUGGCAAGAAACAAUUGGACCCGGUGCUUUUGAGAGAGACAUUUGUGUCAAUUCGCCGACAGGAAGCGGCAAGACUCUGGCUUAUGCUUUGCCUAUUGUGCAGAUGCUCUCAACUCAGAAGAUAAGAUGUUUGCGUGCAUUAGUAGUUUUGCCUACUCGUGAUUUAGCUAUACAGGUUAAAGAAGUUUUUGCAGCUAUUGCCCCUGCAGUAGGUCUGCGUGUAGGUUUAGCAGUUGGUCAAUCAUCACUUGCAGAUGAAAUUGCAGAGCUCAUUAGGAGACCUAAGCUAGAGAUGUGCUCAUCAUUUGAUCCAGAUGACAUACAAAUGGAGCCACAAACUUCAGUUGACAUAUUGGUGGCAACUCCAGGAAGGCUGAUGGAUCAUAUUAACACGACAAAGGGUUUUAGUCUGGAACAUCUUUGUUAUCUGGUAGUUGAUGAGACAGAUCGAUUGUUAAGGGAGGCAUAUCAGUCCUGGUUGCCAACUGUGAUUCAGCUCACUUGUUCAAAUGUGCAGGCAUUAUUUGACCAUCCAAGACUUGGGCCCUUGAUGUCUGGUUCCUUGACAACCAUAAGGAGAUCUGGUGUUGAAAGGGGGUUUAAAGGUAAAAGUUACCCAAGGCUUGUAAAAAUGAUUCUCUCUGCUACACUGACUCAAGAUCCAAGCAAGCUUUCUCAACUUGACUUGCAUCAUCCUUUGUUGUUGACAAGUGGGCAGAGGCGAUACAAACUUCCUGAAAAACUGGAGUGUUACAAGCUGAUUUGUAAAUCAAAACUGAAGCCACUGUAUCUAGUUGCUCUACUACAAGAUUUGAGAGGGGAAAAGUGUAUAGUAUUUACGUCAUCCGUAGAAUCAACUCACAGGCUAUGCACUUUACUAAAUUUCUUUGGAGACUUGCCAUGUAAAAUUAGUGAAUAUUCACGUAGGCAGCAUCAGUCUUUGCGAAGCAAAACAUUGAAGGCCUUUAGGGAAGGGAAAAUAGAAGUGCUUGUUGCCACAGAUGCAAUGACUCGAGGAAUGGAUGUUGAAGGAAUAGCAAAUGUUAUCAAUUAUGAUAUGCCUGCUUAUGUUAAGACAUACAUUCAUCGAGCAGGCCGCACUGCAAGAGCAGGUCAGACUGGGCGUUGCUUUACUUUACUGCGAAAAGAUGAGAUUAAACGUUUCAGUAAGAUGCUUCGGAAGAUAAACAAUAAUUCAUGUAACCUUCACUCUUUGCCUGAUGAUUCAAUAGAAGAGCUUCGCCCUAUUUAUUCUUCUGCAUUGGAAAAGUUGAAAGAAUAUGUGGAGUCAGAAACAGCGAGGAAAUCUGGUAUCAGUUCUAAGUCAGUAAGGUCCAGAGACAGAAAGAAAGGCAAUGACAGAAUGAAAGAAUAGAUGCAUUAUUUUAAUGGAGAUCCUUAUCAUAACAGCUACCAAUACUCACAAUCUUUAAAUGAACUGGAGUAGAAUAAGACUUGAUCAUCAAGUCUUUAAUCCUUAUCUUGCUGGCAUAGAAGCUUCCUCCUCCAGGUGCUUAAGAUAAACUUUGACAGCUUUCUUGGAAAUCUGAAACCUUUGUGAGUAGGUGUCAUUGCGAUUGUUAUCCAUCUCAUCAUUUCAAGUCCACUCAGAGCAGUAAACCUGUGACGAAGUCGAGGCAAAAAGCUUUUUUGUCUUGUAAGUGGUCCAGGGAGCCUUGGCGGAAGGUUCUUACUUCUAAAAGCGACUUCUUGAACUGCAAUUUUGUGGUUAAUGUAAUUUGGCGCACCGGACCGGAAGCUUGCAAACAUUUUUGACGCGAAUCUUGGUGUUGCGAGAAGGUUUGAAGGAGAUAUGAGCCUGAUAGAAGUUUUAUAUUGUAUGAACCUGUAAAGGUCCAAGCUUCCUUCUUGUUAUAAUGUAUAUAAAUUUCUAUCAGUAAAAUACAUCGACCAAUAUUGGCUUAUUCUUGUU